AUGCGCUGCAAUGACAACAGCAUCCGGUCUCUCAUAAAUGCCCUAUACUCUGACCUUCUGCCCCCUGAUCAUCCUCCCCUGGCUGACUCCUACUUCCUGGACCGCACCAUCCUAUCUGCAAAGAACACUGAUGUGGACGAGAUAAACACCACAAUCCUUGACUUAUUCCCUGGAGAAAAGAUGGUCUUCACCAGCUCAGACUCAGUG